ACGCAAAGCGACGGAAGGGAAGAUAAAACAGCUGCUUCCUCUCCGGUUUCUGUUCCCGCAGCACUUUCCGCUGGGGUGUAUUUUAAGGUGUGUUUAAUUGGUAUGUGUAUAUAUUUUACUAUAUAACACUAAAUAGAAUAUGGCCAGUGUGAGAGCGCUGAGGAAACUGUGUCAGCGCGCGCAGCAUCACGCGCGCAAUCUUCAUUUAUCGGUGUCGAGGCCAGAUGCUGUGGUCAUCUCCGGUAAGAAAUUGGCCCGUCAGAUUCGUGACGAGGCACGUGUUGAUGUGGAGAAGUGGGUUUCAGCUGGCAACAGACGACCUCAUCUUAGCGUCUUGCUGGUGGGUGAUAAUCCCGCCAGCCAUUCUUACGUAAUCAACAAGACUCGUGCCGCUGCUGAUGUAGGUAUCACAAGUGAAACCAUACUAAAGCCCUCUUCUAUCUCUGAGGAAGAGCUUAUGGAGCUGAUUGACAAACUGAACUCUGAUCACAGAGUGGAUGGUCUUCUGGUACAGUUGCCACUGCCUGAGCACAUCGACGAGAGGCGUAUAUGCAAUGCAGUGAGUCCAGAUAAAGAUGUUGAUGGAUUUCAUGUCGUAAACGUUGGCCGUUUGUGCUUGGACCAGUCCUCCAUGUUGCCAGCCACACCAUGGGGAGUAUGGGAAAUCAUUAAACGCACAGGCAUUCCUACUCUGGGGAAAAAUGUAGUGGUAGCUGGUCGUUCUAAGAAUGUGGGAAUGCCAAUCGCUAUGCUUUUACAUACUGACGGAAGACAUGAAAGACCAGGAGGUGAUGCUACAGUCACUAUCUCACAUCGUUACACACCUAAGGAUCAACUUCGACAACACACACAAAUUGCUGACAUCAUUGUUGCAGCCGCAGGCAUUCCCAACCUCAUCACAGCAGAUAUGAUAAAAGAAGGGGCAGCUGUCAUUGAUGUGGGCAUCAACAGAAUACAGGACCCUUUGACUGGAAAGGACAGACUUGUUGGUGAUGUGGACUUCGAAGGAGUACGGAAGAAGGCCAGCUAUAUUACUCCAGUUCCAGGAGGUGUUGGACCCAUGACUGUUGCCAUGCUAAUGAUAAAUACAAUAAAGGCAGCAAAAAAUCUCCUUUUGACCACUCCAGAGCGGAUGCGUAUGGUAGCAUCUUCCUAACAGCCUUGUUUAACAUUCUCCUUGUGUUUUACAAUCAACUUGCCCCUUUGGGAGCAUAUGGCAAUGGGAUAGCUUGAAGUCCUAUUUUUGGGUACGUCAAUUUGUAAAUCACAACCCAAGUCAAGUCAGUUAUAUGGCAUGAACUUUCUGAAUGUACUACAAGCUCAGUGAAGUGAAUCUGUUACCAUUAUGUCUUCUUGUAUAAAAACACAGUUUGAAACACCCUUAUGAGAGCCUUAAUAAAUCACCAGGAUUUAAUUUGUUAAAUCGGGUGAAACAAAAACAUUUUCAGUAUGGUGUUCUUCCAAGAGAUGAGAUCUUCCCUCCUAAUGUACCUAAUGCUUUAUCUCAUAGAGUUUUGCUCUUAGAGUCCUAUUUGUUAUAUAAUUUGUUAUACUUUGUAAAGAUUUGCAACAAAUAUUUAUUUAUCUUGUUUGAAAUGUGCUUUUUUUUUUUUUUUUUUUGACAGAAUCACAAAAUUAGGACUUGUAUAAAUAAUCUUUUGUUUUUGUUUUUAUUUUCAUAAAUGCAGCUAGCCAAGACUUUAUGAUAUGAAUACCAUUUUAUGUGAUAAGGGCCUAUUUUACUCCAUUGUGGCUAUUUAAUAAAGGACAUUCAUUCAGUAACACUUGCUGAUCUGAUUAAAUAAGGCGGAAUUUGUCCCAUAUUUUUUUAUGUUUAGAAGUGUGAAAAGGCAUGCAAUCUUGAAAGAGAGACAUCAAUUUUUGCUCUAUGAGUAGAGUUAAAAUAAACACAUGGCAUGUCUGAAUUAUAUGUAAGAUAAUAAAGCUUGAAUUUGAAUUGAA